CUUCAAUCUUUCAAAAUGUCUGGCCGUGGAAAAGGAGGCAAAAACAAGUCCCGCUCAAACCGUGCUGGGCUCCAAUUCCCCGUGGGACGUAUCCAUCGUUUCCUGCGCAAGGGAAACUACGCUGAGAGAAUCGGUGCUGGUGCUCCAGUUUACCUGGCUGCCGUCAUGGAGUACUUGGCUGCUGAAGUUCUUGAAUUGGCGGGAAAAGCUGCUCGUGACAACAAGAAGACCAGGAUCAUCCCGCGUCACCUUCAGCUGGCCAUCCGCAAUGACGAUGAAUUGAACAAGUUGCUCUCUGGCGUGAUAAUUCCUGAGGGUGGUUUCGUGGCCAACAUUGAAACUAUCAUCAUGGCCCCGAAAACGAGUGGAAAAGCCGCCAAGAAGGCUGGAAAAGCCCAAAAGAACAUCUCCAAGGGAGACAAGAAGAAGAAGCGCAAGCGUAAGGAGAGCUAUGCCAUCUACAUCUACAAAGUGCUGAAGCAGGUCCAUCCCGACACUGGGAUCAGCAGCAAAGCCAUGAGUAUCAUGAACAGCUUUGUGAAUGAUAUUUUUGAGCGUAUCGCUGCGGAAGCCUCCCGUUUGGCGCACUACAACAAGCGCUCCACCAUCACGAGUCGCGAAAUCCAGACGGCAGUGCGUCUCCUCCUGCCCGGAGAAUUGGCCAAGCACGCCGUGAGUGAGGGCACAAAGGCCGUCACGAAGUACACCAGCUCCAAGUAAACGGAUUCGCAUUCUCCCUCCAUCAAAAGGAAAUCCUUCCUAUUUUACAAAAAAAAAAACGCCCUUUUCAGG